GAUAACGGAGAAGGUUACGCACUUGUUACCUUGAAAGGACCAAUCAGCAGUCGCCGCUCGUUUGUUAGCCUUUUUGCACUCGGCGUCUUCAUUUGAGCAGGCAUUUUAUUUCCAGCAACGUAAAUAAUUUUUAGUUAAAUUAUUUAUUAUUAAAGAACAAGAAGCGACGAUAUUUUUCGAAUAUGAAUAAUAAAAUGUCUAAACAUGGCCAAGAUAUAUUCAGAAUCAUAAUGAGCCAUAAUAAAUCCAAAUUAAAAACGAAGGGUGUGAGGCUGUUGAACGAUGCAAUCAAAGCCAUGAGGAUGGCAUCCGACAAAUUGGAUAAGCUCAGUGUCUUCUUGAUAAUCUCCCAACGCCAGGCUGAUGUCAAAAGGCUGAAAAAGGAAAUUGCAUCAAAUAAAAUGAUAGAAGAUGGCAAUCAACAUAAUCAUCCCCCUGAAGAAGGAAGAAGCAACAGUGUUACAACAAGAAAUUCAAAUGAUGAUGAUGGAGUGAUUUUUUAUUUAAAAUGCUAUAGAAACAUGCUGCCUGAAGAGGAAAUUGUAAAGGUGCUUAGAAGUUUGAACCUCACAAACUUUGAAAUAAACUUGACCCAUCGGCUUCAUAAUUGGAGCAUGUGUUCAAUUCAUAUAAAAGAUCCCGAUGUUUAUUUUCCAACUGUAAGAAAGGCCUUAAAAGUCGCCAUAAAAGGAUGCAGUCUCAUGGAUAGUGUCUGAUGUCAUUGAAGGAAAAAAUUCACUUCGCUGACUUGUUUUUUUAUUUUUAUUUUUUUUUUAGCUUUUGUGCUAAUUAUAAUUCCAGACGAAACUUUAAAUUGUAAUAAAUAAAUAUCCCAACAUAACACUUCUUAUGCUUUUAUAUUGUAUUGCUUAAUUUUUAAAAUUGUAUAAGUCAUUAUUUUAUACCAACAAUAAAUAGCUGAAAGUUCUU